GUGCGCGCUGAGGGGAAGGCACACGCGCGCGCUAUAUGCUGCAGAUGCGACUGGACGGGUUCAGGUUUGCGGGGAAUAACUACAAAAUCAACCUUCCUUGUGGUUUCUCAUUGGAGUCCGUCCUCACCACACAGGCACUUCUCAAACUCUGCAGAAUGAACAGGGCUUUUAACAGGAGAAAGGAUAAACCAAGUAUGCACACACCUGAAGCCUUGGUGAGAAGUCAUGUUGUGUAUAAUGCAAAGUUCUUGGGAAUCACAGAUGUGGAGCAGCCUAAAGGGACAGACAUGGUCCGUGUGGCUGUCAGGAAGCUGAAGUUUCAAAGGCACAUCAAGAAGUCAGAGGGGCAGAAAACUCCUAAAGUGGAGCUUCAGAUCUCUAUAUAUGGUGUGAAGAUAUUGGACCCUAAAACUAAGGAGAUGCAGCAUAACUGCCAACUUCACAGAAUGUCCUUCUGUGCAGAUGACAAAACAGAUAAAAGAAUCUUCACCUUUAUCUGUACAGAACCCGAGACGAAGAAACACCUGUGUUACGUGUUUGACAGUGAAAAAUGUGCGGAGGAGAUCACUCUUGCUAUCGGACAAGCCUUUGAUCUCGCCUACAAAAAGUUCCUAGAGUCUGGUGGAAAAGAUGUAGAGACGAGGAAACAGAUUGGAAACCUUCAGAAACGAAUUCAGGAUUUGGAGAUGGAGAACUCAAAACUGAAGAAGAAGCUUAAAGAGCUGGAGAAUCAGCUGAUGGAUCCUCGCUGCUCACCAAGGCCGUCUGCCUUGUCCUGGUGUGGUGAUGUCACAUCACUGUCCAGCCUAGAGAUCUCCUCUGUCACUCUAACGCCUGUCAGCUCACCCGAUUCCAGCCAAUCAGCAAGCUUGCUCACCCCUCCUCCUGCUAAGCCCGCCCAAUUACAGUCCACAAGUGGUUACAUCGUGCCACGACCUCGUGCUGGAAGCAUACAAGCUAGAGCGCCCUCCACUGACAUAUUUGAUAUGGUUCCAUUCACCCCUGAGUCUCCAAUAACAAGACGGUUGAAUUGUAACGGCAUCUCAUCUCCGUACCUGCUUCCAAAAGACAGAGAUAUAGACCUGUUUGGAGCAGAACCAUUUGAUCCGUUCAUUUGUGGACCUACUGUCUUCACCCCAGACAUCCAGUCCAAACUGGAUGAGAUGCAGCGGCAGAGAUGGAGGGGUUCCAAAUGGGACUGACUCUAGAGGGGACGGUGUUUUCCCUGGAUCAGGUGGACAGCCGAUGCUGAUUUUGGAAAUACAUUUUUAUACACGCUGUGAUUCUUGACCACAAAACCCUAAAAAAAAUCACAUAUUUAAUAUUUGUAUUUUGAAUUGAGUUUGAAAGAAAUGUAGCAGGAGCCUCAAAAAGGUCUGUAGAGGUCAUUUCUAUUUUUAUAUAAUAAAAUCAACAUUUAAGAUUGA